UUUAAUAGAUUUAAUGUAACUAUAUAUUUAAAGUUUGAAAUGAAAUAUUAAUUAAAUUAAAAAAUAUCUUUACUAUCUCGUCUACAUAUUCUUAUAUUUUAAAUGUUGCUUUAGAAAUUCCAAUAAUUAUUCAAUUGCUCACUACUUACAAUUUUUUUUUUUUUUUGGACCAAAGCCUCGACACCCUUUCAAUAGCUCACCACACCUCAUCCCCAUUUGCUCUUGAGUCUUCACUCCAUCCUUUCACAUACCAUUUUCUCUACUUAAUUUAUUCUCUCUUUGCUCAUCAUCUUCUAUGAUCCAAUGGCCAAAAGCUUCCUUGAAGCAAUCUUUUUGGUCAUAUCAUUGUUAUUGAUGAGUUCGCCAUCCAAAUUGAUGUCACAAACUACUACUACGCUCCCCACCCAAACUACAAUAUACUCUUCACCUCCUCCACCUUUUUAUGAUGGCUGUCCUUACUCUUGUCAACCACCUCCCACUCCCACUACUAAAUGCCCACCACCACCUUCACCGCCACUGCCAUUGGUGCCACCAGCGCCGCCACAGCCAUGGCUACCACCACCCGUUUGGUUUCCACCACCAUUUCCAUAUUAUGCUCCCCCUCCUCCUAACCCAAUAUUGCCUUAUUUUCCAUGGUUUUACAAGUUUCCUCCACCUCCAGAGUAUUCACUAGCAAUACGUCCACAGGGGAGAGUACUCAUCACCGUCCCAUGCUUGGUCUUUGUAUCAUUAUCAUUAUUAUCAUUUUAGUUACAGUUCUACUAUAAUUUCAAGUAAUCAACAAGCCAUUGUUCAGGUUGGAGCAGGAGUUUAGGAAUGUUUAAUUAUUUAGCAGGCAAUGUGGCUGGCAACUGGCAGGUAUAGCUUCUUGGUUAUUGCAUGUGCAUCACUUGUAAUGGAAGUUAAUGUCAAACAUCUUUUGUAUCUUCCAUUUUAAUAUAUGCAAGAAAAAUUUAUGGGAA